AUGUCAUACCGACCACUGUGUUGCUUGCCUGCAGCGCUGGUGAUGCAUCGUCUCUGGGUUACGUUCAUUUGUUCUUUUUUUCAUCUUUUUACACAAUCAAUCUUUUCCUUAUUGCAGGUCCAGAGCAACGGUUCUUCGUCGAAUCACGCUCCGAUUGUCGGUGACCAACUCGGCGUUCCGAGCAUCACAAUGGCUACCGGAGGCACGGGUCAUGUUGGAGUAAGUUAUAACGUAACAUACAUGAAUUCCGGAAUGCUCGGGCCUACAGGAUUCAUGCAGCAAAAUGCUCAUCCGUCAACAUCAGUGAUGAUGCAACAACCUCAAAAUGGUGGAGUCUCUCGGUCAUCUCCAACCGAGAUGCCACAGGGCAUGCAGACAAUGUCGGAAGAUUCUCUCGAAAUGCGAGAUUACAACUCUGGUGUUCAUCAUAUGCAUCCUCAUCAAAUGCAAAUGCAGCAUCAUAUGCAACCACAGCAACAAUAUAAUAUGCAGUACCACAAUCAUCAACAAAUGCAGCAAAUGCAGCAUUAUCAUCAGCAACAACAGCAAUAUCAACAGCAAGCUCAGCAUCAUCAAAUGUACCCUCCUCAAAUUCAACAGCAGCAGCCUCAACAGCAGGGCCAAAUGCAGCAACCGCAGCAGUCGAAUCAACAGCAACAGUCGUCCACUACAUUGCAGCACAUCAAUGAAUCGAGCAAUCUUUCUUCGGCAGGAAGUAUCUCUGAUCGUGAGCCAGAACAAGCAGGAGGAACCCCGCAAAGGCCCACAGCACCCGUAACUACCACGACUACUGAAAAGAAGUCUGUGCGGAAACGGAGGAGAUUAGGACCAAACGAUGAGCAAGCGACUCCAAAACAAGAAAGGAAAAUUACUGAGUUUAUGAAAGUUGGAGAAGCGUCUGGAAGCAAUGUUGCACGUUGUUUGAUGACGGAGUACCAUCAAAAUCAAGGUUCUCCGAAGAGACAACCUCAACAGAAUGGUUCCAACAACUACGAGCCCCAACAACAUCAGCAACAACAUCAACAGCAGCAACAACAACAACAGCAAAAUCAAAUGAAUCAACACGAUAUGCAUAACUCCUAUUGGGGUAUGGCUACGCCUUCACUAGGAGUCAAUAAUCGUGGAACUCCUACGCCAACUCAACAACAACACUAUUCUUCAGACUCUAAUUCGAACUCGAAUCAGUCUCCACCAGGACAAGCGGGAAACAGAAUGGUGCGAACGAUUGAUGGAGAAACGCAAACGGAUUCAUCGUUAUCACAGAGGUUGCAGAAUAGUAAUCAAUCAGCUGACGAAAUUGCCAAAAGAGAUCGUAUCAUUGAAGAUUACCGCAGGCAGAUUGAUGAUAUGAAUACGAAACAAAAUGCCGAACGCCGGAAGUACGAGGCAUCAAAAGAAACUAUCAAACGACUGCUUAUCGAGAAGAAUAUGAUAGAGAGAACCGCGCUUCGAGAUAAGAUUUCAGCAGAUUCCCCGCGCAUCGGAUGCUUCAAAACCACGCGCAUUGGUGAUUCAUUCCGUGAUCAAUGGACUGAUGGCUGGGGUUUCGCCGAAAUCGAAAAGAAGCAGGAGGCGCUUGCAACGGAGAAAAACGAUAUCAAUGCUGCAGCUACUCUUUUGAAGAAAAGAAAACCAGCUGAACUUGAACGUAAAGUUGACAGGAAACGUCCUCAAGCAGUCAGCAUUCAAAUCCAAAACGAUUCUAACGGAAUGCAGCCAUCUACCAGCUCAAACUCCAAUGGCGAUGAUGCCAUCUUCAGGCGACCAGAAGAGCCGAAAGAGAUUCCUCCUCAGGAGUAUACCGAGUUGGAAGAAAUCUACAGAUUGAGAAAAGAACAUUUGCGAAAGGAAGAAACCGACGUCGCUAUGGAGAAGGAACGUCUGGACAAGGAGAGGUCACUGCACAUGAGAGAGCUGAAGCGUAUCGCUAAUGAGAGUGCAUCUCAGUUCAAAGAGCAUCAACUGUUGCAUAAGAGAUACCUGAUGCUCAAUCUGCUAGGAAAAGGAGGAUUCAGUGAGGUUUGGAAGGCUUUUGAUAUUGAUGAGAAUCGGUAUGUGGCCUGCAAAAUUCAUCAUGUGAACAAAGACUGGAAGGAAGAGAAGAAGGCGAACUAUGUGAAACAUGCUAUGCGUGAGAAGGACAUUCACAAGUCUCUGGAUCAUUGCCGCAUCGUUAAACAAUAUGAUUUGCUCACAAUCGACAAUCAUUCGUUCUGUACCGUACUUGAAUACGUCCCAGGAAACGAUCUCGAUUUCUACCUCAAACAGAACAAGUCGAUCAGUGAGAAGGAGGCUAGAAGCAUCAUCAUGCAAGUCGUUUCUGCUCUUGUUUAUUUGAAUGAGAAAAGCACGCCAAUCAUUCAUUACGAUCUGAAACCUGCCAACAUUCUUCUCGAGUCUGGUCAUACAUUUGGAGCCAUCAAAAUCACCGAUUUCGGUCUUUCAAAAAUCAUGGAAGGAGAAAAUGAUGACCACGACGGCGGGAUUGAACUCACUUCACAGUUUGCUGGAACCUACUGGUAUCUUCCACCGGAGACUUUCAUCGUCCCACCACCAAAGAUCACAUGCAAGGUCGAUGUAUGGAGUAUCGGUGUCAUUUUCUAUCAAUGCAUCUAUGGAAAGAAGCCUUUCGGACAUGAUUUGACUCAGCAGAAGAUUCUUGAAUGUAACACCAUCAUAAACGCCCGAGAAGUGAUUUUUCCUAACAAGCCACAGGUAAAUCAUACUAGUCUCCGCAUUUUUCAUUUUUCUUUUGUACUUCAGGUCAGCUCAUUGGCUCAAGAUUUCAUUAGAAGGUGUCUGCAAUACCGCAAAGAAGAUCGUGCGGACGUCUUCGAGUUGGCGAGGCAUGAUCUCAUCAGGCCGAAACUACCGAGGGAAGCCAAAGGUUCUGUAUCAGGCAUUCCUCGCAGCCCAUCGGUUAAUCGUGAAGAUGAUAACAUUUAG